UCGGUGAUCUCUUCGAACAACUUUGCAGAAAAAGAGAAAAAACGAGGAAGCGGUGAACAGAAUCAGAGUGCCGGCACCGGCGGCUUUUCCGAUUUGUCUUCGCCGGCGAUUUUCUUCUAGCUUUGGUGAUUCCGCAAACUAAUUAGUGUAACAGAGAUCCAGGUGCCGCUACUCAAGCCUACCAUCCUUGAGGGAGGCGACUACUCUAGAGACUUCGAGGUGAUAUCAAUUGUAGUGGAUUUUUCCUUUACCGGGGCUUGUCAACAGGAAUUGCGUCGAGUUUCUGCUGAGCGUAUUUGGCAUUGGAAGAUUGAAAAAUGUCUAGUGGGGAGGUUAAGAAAGUCUCACGUGAAGAUAUACAACUGGUGCAAAAUCUCAUAGAAAGAUGUUUACAGCUUUACAUGAACCAGAAGGAAGUUGUUAACACCCUCUUACAUCAGGCAAAGAUUGAGCCUGAUUUCACCGAACUUGUUUGGCAAAAGCUUGAAGAAGAAAACCAGGAGUUUUUCAGGGCUUAUUAUUUGAGGUUGAUAGUGAAGGAUCAAAUUCAGAAAUUCAAUGACUUGCUUCAGAGACAGGUCGAGGCAAUGCAGAUGUAUGCAACUGGAUCCGUCCCCAUUUCUAAUGGAUCUCAGAUUCAACCAGGUAAGACAUGAAUAUCAUAGAUCCCUAUUGGUCUUCUUGGAAAUAAUUUUCUGCUAUCAUUCUUCUUUUCCAUAGUGAAAUUUGUCAUAGAUCCCCACCCUUUUCUAGUUUUCAGCUUCCUUGCUUUAAUUUUUCAUACAAUUGCCCUAUUAUGAUUCUGGGUUGGAUAGUCAAAGGAAAGGUCUGAGGCUUUUGAAGUGGAAGAUGAAAUGUAAAUCAUAUGGAUAGUUGUGGGAAGGAUUUUAUCAGAAAAAACAUCCGAGAGGGAUCUGUCUUUGGGCGCUGUGGUUGUGUUUUCAAUAUGAGACUGUGGGCAUUUGUCAAAGUUGGUGAUAUGAUAAAAUUAGUUUCUGGAUCUUCAUAUGUGAAAUUGAGUAAAAGUUUGAUAGAAAUAGAGGGAGCUAUAAAUGAAAUUUUGGCUUUCUCCACAGCAUCAUAUUAGCAGUCUCAAAAUCUUUCCUUGCAAAAUCUUUGGAUAUGUAUCCAAUGUUUUCCAUCUGGAAGUUAAUGAAGUUGAUAGAUCCUUCAAUCACCUGAAUACAUUAUUGACAUCCCAUCUUAUUAGG